AUGGUUCUCUUCUUCGAAAACUCACACGUGUACAACCACGAUUUCCAGACCGUGAGUUUGGCCUACUUCAAUCGGUACCCCAACCCCUUUGCCAAGCAUGUGCUAAGCAGUGACACCUUGGAACAAUCGGUAGACGAAGACGGGUGCUUGAGGUUCACCAGAUUGGUGGUCAAAACAGGGAGAUUGCCGGGGUUUAUCAAACCGUUCUUGGGUUCCAACCUCGACUCCUGGAUUAUCGAGAAGGUGGUGGUGGACCCCAAAACCCAGACCCUUCUUUCCUACACUUCCAACGUUGACCAUCGCAAGUUUAUCCGGGUGGAGGAAUACUUGAAGUAUAGCACGGUGGACCCUAACAGCACGUUGGUGGAGGCCAAAGUCAAGUUCUCCUCCAAUCUCAUGGGCUUCAAACAAAAAAUCGAAGAGUGGAGCCUCAAACGGUUCUCGUCCAACAUGUCCAAUACCAGAGAAGGCUUGAAGUUUGUCAUGAACAGACUCAAGGAAAAAGGCGGAAUUUGGUACAAGGAAGUGAAUAUCGCCAGCCAAUAG